AUGAGCUCUACCUCAGGUGACAAACUUCGGCGAGACCCAAUGAUUCGGUUUCGUCAACUUCAAUCCAGCUACAACGCUCGGCGCCGCGGCCCCGUGCACAAACUCCCCGUGGAGAUCCUAACGCAGAUCUUCGCCAACGCUCUCGCCGAAGACGUAGACAACCCGUACCUCCUCCAGGACCUCUCGCAGGUCUGUUUGCAGUGGCGGAGCAUCGUCGCAGAUGCCCCGCUGCUCUACAGAUCAUUCAGGCUGCAGAACCCCACCUUGACGGCCCGUCACUUGGAGCGAUCGCGCGGUCUUCCCCUCGACGUCGACAUCCACGACGUCAAAUUCGACGUUUCUGAGACAGUUGCGCUGAUGAAUAGCGUUUCCACCCUGGGUCCUCAGCUGGAUCGGGUACGUUCCCUGAGCGUGAUCUCGCACUCGUCCAAGAUGAGCGCAUGGGUCCUGGGCAUGGUCGAGGACUUCCCCCAUCUCAAACUGGCGAGCCUUUCGCUUGCACUCACCCGCCAAGAAAAGUCGGUCUCCCUACGCUUGCCUGAUUCGGAAGAGGCAGGGCAGACCUUCUGCGGACUCACUUCGCUGAAACUCUGUAAUCUCAACAUUGGGCGCGCGCUCCUCGACACAUCGGAUCUGCAGCACGGUCACAUCAGCUUCAGCCUGCACCGCCCCGAGCUGGAACACACCCUCGCGACUCCGCCGACGAACGCAACCCUUAUCCGCCUCCUGUCUCGGUGUCCAGAACUCGAAGAGUUCACGCUGCGUUCAGUGGGCCCGCCGCCCGGUCGCGUUCGAGCGCAAGAACAAGGAUAA